UUUUUUUUUUUUUUUUUCUGAUGCUCUUUCGAGGUCUCCGAAAAUGGCGAAUCUCGUUACAGGAGUGCUUCUGAAGCUUUUACAGCACAUGAACACGGACGUGAAAGUCGCCGGCGAACACAGAUCCUCUCUUUUACAGGUUAUCAGCAUUGUUCCGGCGCUCGCUGGAAGCGAGCUCUUUCCGAACCAAGGAUUCUACCUUAAAGUCUCCGAUUCCUCUCACGCCACUUAUGUCUCUCUUCCCGACGAACACGACGAUCUAAUUCUCAGUGACAAAAUCCAAUUGGGUCAGUUCAUCCAUGUCGAACGCCUCGAAUCGGCGUCUCCCGUUCCAAUUCUCCGCGGCGUCAGGCCCGUCCCCGGCCGCCACCCCUGCGUGGGAAGCCCCGAGGACAUUGUGGCGACUCACUCUCUUGGAUUCCUCAACAAUGGGAACAAGAAUGGGAAGGUGAAAUCCGAUUCUAAAUUGGAGAAGUUGGAUAAGAAAGAUCUUGUCGUUGCGAGAUCGAAUUCGAAGAAACCAGCGGCAGCGUUGAAUGUGGAUGUGAAGAAGGAGUCGGUGGCCUUGAUGAGGAUGAAGUCGCUGAAUUCGCGGUCGAUUCCGUCGUCUCCAACAAGCUGUUACUCGCUGCCUAGCUCUUUUGAGAAGUUCUCUAAUGGUGUGAAGCAACAUCAGGCAAAGGUUAAGGCUAAGGUGGGGGUGGUGGAGAAAGGGAGCUCGGUUCGUUCCACGAGCCCAGGUGGGAAGAAAAUUGGAGCUGGAAAUCCGAUUCGGAAUUUGGUUCAGGGGUUUGAGCUUGGGGCCAAGGCUCUGAGGAAGAGCUGGGAAGGGAAUAUGGAAGUUAAGGGUAGGGAGAGUUCGAAGUUGAGGGGUGCUAAGCUUGAUCCGAAGCCCGAUCUUCGCGUUUCUAUUCCUAGAAGAAGUACUUCAAGUGAGAAGUUGCCGUCUAAGGAUGAAAAUAAGAACCAGAUAUCUGCAAAGUCCUCCAAAGAGGAGAAUAGGGGUCAGAUGUCUACAAAGAAAGUUACUGGAAAUGGAAAUUCAAAUGAUCAGAACAGGACGGAUAAGCAAAGAACAUCUCUUGGAAAAAAAUCAUCAGGCGAGCUGGCUAGUAAUGGGAUUCCUGGAAACAUGGUGAGGGUGCCGAUAAAUAGUAGAAAACUGACAGAGGCAAGUGUCUCAUGGGCUUCGCUCCCAACGUCACUUGCGAAGCUCGGAAAGGAAGUUAUGAAGCGGAGAGAUGCUGCACAAACGGCAGCAAUAGAGGCUAUGCAGGAGGCAUCUGCUGCAGAGAGCUUACUUCGUUGUCUAAGCAUAUAUUCGGAGUUAACUAGCUCUGCCAAGGAAGAUAACCCACAGCCUGCGGUGGAGCAAUUUUUGACCCUCCAUUCUAGCUUGAGCAGUGCUUGUACCAUUACUAAUUCUUUAUCUAAAACUAUACAAGCAAGUACAUCCCCAGAUCAUGAAGAAAACCCUUCAGAAGAAGCCAUAAAGGUCACAUCAGAGAAACGUAAACAAGCGGCCUUUUGGGUACAAGCUGCAUUAGCCACCAAUUUAUCGUCUUUUUCAGUCUUUAGUAAAGAGCCUGCUUCAACUUCAGUGCCAUCUGCAAAUUCCUGUCAAAACCAGAAAAUUGCUUCUACAAAUCAACCCAUAUUAGUCCUUGAGAAUUCGACCAAGAAUGCCGCAACAAAGUCCCAGGUCCAGGGCAAAGUUCGUCAGAUGAUUGGUUCCAAGCUAAGUGCACCAGGAACCCCUCGUCGAGUAGGGGACGGAUCAGCCAUCAAUCAGAAGCUUCUAAGCCAACCACCGCCUGAAUGGGAUAGGGGAAACGGCUUUGAUGAGGCAGUUGACUUGGCCGGAAAGCUGCGGUUGCAGUCCCAGGAUUGGUUUUUGGGAUUUGUCGAGAGGUUCUUGGACGCGGACGUUGACUCCUCUGCGUUGUCGGAUAAUGGCCAAAUAGCAGGGAUGUUGACUCAGCUGAAGAGUGUGAAUGACUGGUUGGAUAAUAUCAGUUCUAGCAAGGAUGAAGUAGAAAAUCCCCAUGUUUCGGCAGAAACUAUCGACAGGCUGAGGAAGAAGAUAUAUGAGUAUCUUCUCACGCAUGUUGAGUCUGCUGCUGCUGCACUUGGUGGUGGAUCCCAUUCGUCUCCGAGAAUUCGAGCAGCGGAAACGAAAGCGAGAAAGUGAAGUAAAUUAUUUUGUGCUUUGGUUGCGUUUAGCUGUUGGCGUUUGCAGUUCAACAAAAAUGCUGCACCACUCCAUGGAACCUGUGCCCUUAACCACCAAGUGGAAUCCAGGGGUCCCGUGUGUUAAUUUAUGUAAAUAGAAUUCACAUAGUUUUAAGGUAUAGACGGAGUGAAAAUGGUUCUUUUAAGAAGAAAAAACCAAAAAGAAAAACAAGAAUCUUAUGUUGGAGAUCGUGGUCGAGAAUCAUAGCUAGAAUUUUUACCUUUAUUUUUGGGGGGGUUGGAUAUUAUUUGAACUUCAUUACCGAAAUCAUACAGAUUGUGUUGGAGAUCAAGGGAAUUCGUUCCUUUUGUCAUAAAUACAUAAAUUGUAAGCUUUUGUUGGAAAUGAUACAGUACUUUG